CUUAAACGCGGACACAGACAAAAAAAAAAUCGUGGAAUAAAUAAAAGGCAACCAAGCGCAUGGUGACCAGACAAGGACACAUCACAACAACAACAACAGCAAAAGGAAAACCCAUAGGCUAGUGUGAAUAGGAAUCGAACAUAACAGGGUUGCCCCCGGCUAGGAUAAGGCGCUUCGGUUGGUUGGCAGGAAAAUCAAUAAUAGACAUAUGUAAGAGGAUAUCGGCACAAGGAGCACAAAACAAAAAAAAAAAAAAAUCCACCAAAACAACAACAACAACAGCAGCAACAAAAAUAAAGGAAGAAGACGCCACGGCCAAGGAAUGGGUCACUUAACUUUCUUAGCAAAGGUUUGAGCAUUGCCCAACCAUAGCAGCAGUGAGUAGUCAUGUCGGACAGAUAUCCAGGAGCGGGAGCAGGUUAUUACGAGCAUCAACAGGAAUCGGCUUCGGCAACGGCCAUGUCACAUCAUUACCCACCGCAGCCAUAUAGAACGGCCGGCUAUGGCUAUCCACAUCAUCCACAACAUCCUGGCUAUGGUCAAGGGUAUGGUUAUGGCUCAUAUAUGUCCAGCUAUUAUCGUUAUGCUCCAUAUGCCUCGCCACACUAUAGUCAACAUCAUCAGGGAAUGUUUACGCCCGCUGGCCAGCAAUUGAUACCCUCCAGUGUCCUGCAUUACCCGCCCAGGAAUCAGCCACAGCCUCAGUCGCAGCAGCAGCUUCAACUUCAUCAUCAGUCCAGCUAUCAACAACAGCAACAACAACAACAACAACAAUUACCCACCAGCAACCACUAUGAAACGCCAGCAACUUCACUUUUCUGUGCUUCCUCAGCCCCAUCGCCAUCGCCAUCUCCCUCACCGUAUGCCCAAUCGAGAGGCUUUAGCUCAUAUCAUCCUCCUGCCGGACGUUCCAGUACCCCAGCCCCAAAUCGAACAGUUUUGCCGCCCAACUACUUGGAACCUCUACGUAACUAUGCUGAGCAACAUCAUACGGCUCAGUUGGCUCGUUCCACACCCAAAUUGGAUGAAUCUCAUUUGGCCAUGAACAUAAAUGAUCUGCCCGCCGAGGCCGGACAAGAAACGGCAACGGCAGCCUCAUCUCCGCCCCAAAGGCUACUCACAUCGCCGCCAUUGAUCAGUGCCACAGGCACGGAUAGUGGCAUCAGUAAUUGCAGCACACGGGCCAGAAGUGAUAGUAGUCAGAGUACACCAGUCUAUAGCGGUGAAUAUCCUGUCAAUAUGUCUGUGGAAUCGGCCUCGUGUGUGUCUUAUCAUUGUCCAGCCGAUGGCAGAGAAUACGAGGAAGAACAGCAGCAGCAGCAGCAACAGCAGCAACAACAAGAUCAACAGCAACAGCCGCAGGAACAGCAGCAACAUCAGCAAGAACAGCAAAAAGACCAAGAGCAAUCGAAAGUCGAGUCUUUGGAAAAGGAAGAGAUAGCAGCAGCACCUCCAUCUCUCAAUAUUCUUGAUGACAUAAGCGACUCAGCUGCGAAGUCAGCGCCAAUAGCAGAUACAGUCUUACCAUUGGAGGCUCCAGCUCCAGCUCCAUCGGCAUCGGCAUCGGUUUCAACAGCAGCAACAGCAGCAGGGGAAGCAGAAGAAGCAGCAGCAGUAGCAGCAGAUCCAGUUACGGCAACAGCAUCUGACCAGUCCCAGUCCAGCCUUGAUAAGACCGAUGUAACGGAUGUGGAAAUCAAUUUGACGAAACCCCACAAGGAGACGGCAUCUAUAGCAGUUACAGAGACGCCGCCGCAGGAUGCUGACAAGUCGCCCACAUCUAAUCUAAUAAUAAGCGAACAUGCCGAGACAGAGCUGGAAUUAGAGGGGCCAACGUCAAACUGGAGUCCCUCACACCGACGACCAUUGACUCCACCCGUGCCACAGAAUUCGCCUGUGGGCUAUGGCCAAUCUACAGCAGCGCUGACGAAUCCUUUGAAUCCUUUAAUGCAAUUGCAGCAGCAGCAACAUUUAGCUAUAAAUAAUAGCAGCCACAGUCAUAGCCAUGGCCAACACGGCAACAGCAACACCUCAAAGCGUAAUGCCAAGCAUCGAAGUGGCAUUGGCAACAACAACAACACCAGCAACAACAACAGCGGCAACACCAACAAUAAUCGCAUCAUUGAAUGUGAUCUAAUACCGAGCAAGAAAUCAAAACGUAAAACAAGCAAAAAGGAAAACUCAGUCCAUGAGCAAUCGGAAAACGUUGAAAAUUCAGUGAGAGAGCAAAUAAGGGACAUAAAGCCGUUGCCUGGUUUUCUUCAAGCAUUUGGCUCCACCGAAAUUGGACGUUUCUCGGAAAGAUUUCUGCAGACAACGGAAAACUUUGUAGAACAUUUGGCUGAGGAAUAUGCAGCAUUUGCUGCAGCAGCUGCCGCCAACAGUAGUCACAAUGCAUCAACGUCCUAUAACUAUAACUAUGAGACAUCUUCAUCCGCAUCAGCGUCAGCAUCGUCUUCGGUAACGGCAGCGGCCGCAGCAGCAGCAGCAGCAGCGGCGGCAGCAGCAGCAACGGCAGCAGCAAUAACUCCACCGCCGGCAUCACUGCCACCGCCUUCACAUUCUUCUUCGUCUGCUUCUGCCUCAUCCUCAUCAUCAUCGUCGUCGUCCCAAGCCCAAAGCUAUUAUCACCACUAUGAAGAGCACAACAACAACAACAACAACAACCAUAACAAUCAUCAUCCUCAUCAUCAUCUUCAUCCACAUAGCAGCAUUAGCAACAACAACUAUUAUAGCCAUCAUCCAAUGAUGACUGGUAGAAAUCCAAGAAUGCGUAGUGGCUAUGGUGGUUAUGGUAUUUACGGUGGGGCUGGUGGUGGUGGCGUUGGUGGUGCUGGUCCAAGUAUGGGUUACGGCGGUGGCUAUGGAUAUCAAUAUCAAAUGCCCGACUACAUGGCGUAUGAGCGAUAUGCUGGCGCCUAUGCCACUGGACCCGGACGUAAUCGUCAUCACUAUCGCCAUGGGGAAAUACGUUGCAAUGGCUAUUAAAAACAAAACAAAAAAGAGUCUAAACAAAAUCGAAAGCAAAAACAAA